GUUCUCCUAUUGACGUGUCGUAUUCAGUUAUUAUUGAGGAAACACACUGGGUGUUUUUUCCUUUCUACUUCUCAACAUAACCGACAGUUAUUACCUACAGACAGAACAAUGUCAGAGCCCAGCAGACACGAUAUCUCCACCAUUUUUAAGCGACUUCGCGCCGUCCCUACGAACAAGGUUUGCUUUGACUGCUCAGCUAAAAACCCCAGCUGGGCCAGUAUCACCUAUGGUGUGUUCCUGUGUAUAGACUGCUCUGGGACUCACAGGUCCCUGGGGGUGCACCUGAGCUUUAUCAGGUCCACUGAGCUGGAUUUCAACUGGUCAUGGUUUCAGCUAAGAUGUAUGCAAGUGGGAGGCAAUGCCAGCGCGGUUUCAUUUUUCAAUCAACAUGGGUGCACAGCCAACGCUGCCAACAGCAAGUACAACAGCCGAGCUGCUCAGCUGUACAGAGAGAAGAUAAAGACUUUAGCCACGCAAGCCACCAGAUGCCAUGGCACUGACUUGUGGCUCGACAGUCAGGCUCCUCUCUCCCCAACAUCACCAGAGGACAAGCAGGUGGAUUUCUUCAGUCUGCAUUCACAGGAUCUUUCUGAGAAUUUGAACAUGGCCAAAAUGAGUCUCAGCUCCACUAUAUCAGAGAAGCCAUCAACUGGGGAAAAAGAGGAAGACAGUAAUGGUAAUCUAGAAGAGGGUCCCAGUGUGGACAUGCUGAGUGUUUCUCCAAAAGCAAAUCUAGACCAUUCCUCUCUUCUUAAGAAGAAGCCAACUGCCGCCAAGAAAACAUUGGCCUCUAAGAAGGGCGGUCUUGGCGCUCACAAGGUGAGCAGCAAGAGUUUCUCAGAGCUGGAGAAGAAGGCUCAGGCUGCCGACAAGCUCAGAGAGAAAGAAGAGAGCGCCACUGCUGCAAAGAAGAGCUCCCAACCUGAGGAAUCCAUCGCUCCGUCCCUGCGUCUGGCCUAUAAAGAUUUUGAGGAGCAGAGGAAAAUGGAGGAGAAGAAGUUUAAGGGAUUAGAGGGGAAGAAGAAAGAGCAAGCUGAGAGACUGGGCAUGGGUCUGGGCAUCAGGAGUGGCGUGUCUCACUCUGUGACAUCGGACAUGCACAUAAUCCAGCAGGAGAAUCCACAGGGGACCAAGACCAGCAAAGGACGACGGUUUGUUGACGAUGAUGAUGAUGAUGAAGGGUCCUUCAGCUCAAGGAUCAUGUCUCGGUUUGAGGAUCAAACAGAACCCUCAAGUAGUCUGUCCUCGGGAUGGGAUGAUAGAGGCGAGGGAGGAGGCUGGAUGAAGGAGAGCAAGAAGCCAGAGCCCGACUUCUUUUUGACCUCCACUAUAACAUCACUGAAUGACAGGCCCACAGGCAGGAGAAAACCAGAAGCAGUACCGGUGUCAGACAGUGGAGAAGCUCAGAAAAAGUUUGGAGGAGACGUGAAAGCCAUCUCUUCUGACAUGUACUUUGGAAAACAAGAUAACUCUGAGUACGAGGCCAAAACACGGCUGGAGAGAUAUGCUGGGAGUUCCUCUAUAAGUUCAGCAGAUCUCUUUGAUGAACCAAAGAAACAAGCUGCAAGUUCCUACCGUCUGAGCAACGUGCUGCCCAAUGCUCCUGACAUGUCGCAGCUCAAACUGGGAGUGCGUUCGGUCGCAGGAAAACUCUCUGUCAUGGCCAGCGGUGUAGUUAGCACAAUCCAGGAUCACUAUGGCUCCUGAGUCAUGGUGUGUCUCCUGUUGGAUUCUGUGCCCUCAUAGUCGUCCUCUGUUUAACAGAGUCAGAUAAGUUUCUCAGAUGAGUGGCGGUCACUCAUCUCGGGAGCAAAAGAACUUCGAUGGGAGAAUCUGCUCUAUGACAGCAUUAAAAUUUAACUUCAAAUAAUCCCCAUCUAUAUCUAGUUUUUCAGUAGAUAAUGUAUAUACAACAGUUGCUGGAAUCAAGAUGAUGGAAGCACAAUAUUGUCAGUGGGAUUAUGUUCCCCUGCAGGCAUCUUGAAGGGAGAUUUAUGUGUAUAGUUCAGUUACGAAGAAUAUUUAGUUUGCGGUUUACUGCUAAGUUGGCUUUGAGGUCUUGGGGUUAAAAUAUUUAGAAAUAUUAUAUGUAGCAGAAGCUUUAUGGUGUUUUGAAGGGUGGAUUUGCCUUUUGAUUUUUUUAGUUGACGAGGUAAAAAAACAACCUUAGAAGAGGAGACAAUUCAGUUGUAAAGUUUUUAAUUGGUUUACAUACCCUCGCUCAUCACAUGUGCUGUGUGUGGGGCUUUUUUGAGUUGAAGGAGAAUUAAUGUAUACACAGCACAUAGGUGUUAACAAAGUAAAAGCAACGUCUGCACACUUACUCCAUGCCACACAAGUUAAGUAGAGACGUUUCGAUCCUACUUGGACCUGAUUAAGAUCCAAAUGGGAUCCAAAUGUUAUCGUGCUUUUUUGCACUUUCCCGCAGGUCUGAAAGUGUCCUUUCCGUCCCCAAAGUGCACUUAUGUUUGCUCCUCCACAGACAGGACCAAAACCUGACAAAGAGGCCUUGGGGGACCAAAUAUGUAUUCCUUAAUCUCGCAUACUACCAGUUACAUAAAUUGAAAAUUGGCCUCAUUAGCAUAUAUAAGCUUCAUUAUAUUGUGAAUAUGUUUUAUGUUUUUCUUUGUUUUCGAAGGCAUCUUUAAUUAUGAAAAAAAAAUAAAAAAAAUAAGAUGGUAUAAAACCUAAGCAGCUAUUAAAAAGUGAGUUUAAACGACAAGUUCAACACCUUGGGAAAUAUGCUCAUUUGCUUUCUUGCUAGUAGUACAAUGAGAAGAUAGACACCACUCUUUAAUACAAAGCUGCAGCUGGAAGCCAGUUAGCUUAGCUUAGCAUAAACACAAAGGAAACAGCUAGCCUGGCUCUGCCUACCAAGCAAAGUGUAAAAACUGCUUCAGAGAUGUUGGUACAGGAAGUGGAUUUUGCUACCUUUGGGUAGAGGCAGGCUAGCUUCUUCCAGGCUUUAUGCUAAGCUAUGCUAACUGGCUGUUGGCCGUAUAGCUAAUGGACAGACGAGAGAGUGGUGUCAAUCUUCUCACCUUGAAGGAUGACUGGUAUUUUUCAACCUGUACCAUAUUUUAACAUGUACUGGUGUCUCAGUGACUAAUGGGAUCAGUAUUUUGCAAGACCACUGCAGCUGACGGCAGCGAAACAGGCUGCAAUGUAACUUUAAUGGGCAAGUGUGCAGCGUUAAUUUUCGUCCUCUAGAAGUGCUUGUUUUUGCCAUUGACAGGCUCAGAUUGUUAUUCGAAGUGUCUGGCAGCAUUAAAGAAAGGAUCCUUACAGAGAUAGACUUUUUUGUCAGAGUAAGAUCCUGUUUUUUUAAACCAGAAAUAGCUCCAAAAUCACAAACACAAAACCCACCAGACUCCAUUUAACAAAACAGCGAUUUUAUCAUUGUCAAACACACUUGAUUCAAAGUCAACAGAAACAAAAUAAAACUCACAAAAACUGCCUUGGUUCGUCUUUCUACUGUUUCAACAAUCACCAACUCUGAGAGACUGAAAUUAACCCUUAAUUCAUCCAGUUAGAUAUGAAAAUAUGCUGGCUCUGUACAAGCUGAAGUUACUGAUUUUUCUAAUGGAGUCUGGUGGGUUUGGCAAUUUCGGAGCUGUUGCUGGUGAAAUAAAAAGGAUCUUACUCUUAAACAAAAAGGUCUGUCUCUGUAAGGCCCUUUCCAUAAUGAUGUCAGACACUUGUAAUAAUCCAAGCCUGUCAGUGGCAAAAACAAACACUUUAAGUGAAUAUGAAUCAACGGUGUACAAAUGCCCUGAGUGAUGGCAUUACAGACAGCUGCUACCCGCUUUAGCGUUCUCAUUCAAUACUGGACCACUUUUAAGAAAUUGUUGUCUCCAUUGGUCACUCAGAACCAAAAACAUGAGAAAAUAGGGUUGAAGGUGUAAAAUAAUCUACUUAUUAGCAUUAUAUUGACCCAGCUUGGUGAAGGUCAGCAGCACUUUGUUUCUUUUUUUUUGCUCAGUCUUGUAGCUUAGACACUUUAAGAUGUAAUCGAUAAUAUGGUCAACAUUGUAACCUGUAGAUGAGGUGAAUUUUGAGGGGUGCCUUUUGAUCAUGUUUUGGUUUUAAUUUGUAAGGUCUUUUUGUUGGCAUUGGUGUUUACACGUCUGCGGUGACUUUCUACGCUGCCCCCCUUUGGUAUUGAAUUUAAAGGCACACACUUAAGACUCUUGAAGGUUGGAAUUAUCUGAUGCAUUGGGACCUCUUUGUAGCUUUCAGGUCCCAGUGUAUAGCACACAUGUCCUCUUAAAAUGUUAACAGUCCCUUUAAAGCCUUCAUUUUUUGUUUGCUGUAACAUACUGCCGGGGUCCAGGUCGUAUCUUUAAUUCUGAGCCAGUACAUGUGGCACUGUAGUGUUGAAUUUGACAUUUAAAAGCAAUAGGAAAGCAGCUUGAUAUCUGUUAAUGGCUCAGGUGUGGAAUAACUACUGCUUGUUAUUUAGCAUUAAGGUUAGGUUUCCCAUGAUGCUGUGCAGAGUAAAGGGACUAGAGUUUUUAAAGACCUGAUGGGGAACUGGAUGAUUAUAUUACUGAGCAGUGUCUGUACUGUUUAUGCUUCUCAGGAGUUUGACUUGAGUUGUAAAAUAAAAAACACUAAAAGAUCCUUCAAUGACCAAAUAUUUGUUUACUCCAUCACUCUAUGCCUUAGUCCAAAGAUCUCUGAUUAGCACGCCCUCAUAUUGCAAAAUUCGUGGAGUCAUCUGGUUACCUUUUUGCACAUCACUUGCUAGAAAUUGCAUGUGGCAGCUUUUGCUUGAAUGUACUGUAUUGCAAAUGAACAUUUGCCUCUAAGUUGACGUUGCGUCUUUGUUAAAUUUUGUUGAUCUUUGUAAGAUUGUGUCUUCUGCUGUUGAAUAUUGUUAAAUGUUACAUAAAAUAAUAGUAGCUUGUUAAAUAUGCAUGGCCCAUGUGGUUAAUAGGACCCGCUGACACAUCCUGAAUACAAGAGAGCAUCCUGCUGUUGGGACCCGUUUAAUAAUAAUGGAAUAACAGAAUUGUUCAAUAAAAACUGUAUAUUACUGCUACAUACAACGUUGUAUAGGGCUUUAAAUUACCAUUUAUAGAAAGCUACUGAUAAUCAAGUUUUGACAUAUUUUGACACUCAAAAUGUAAGUAACAUUUUUGAAAACAUGCCAAAUAAAUGGCUUGUGCCGAAGCUC